AUGCGUCGAACCCUACCGGCCAAUGCAAAGAUCUCGGACGAAGCCAAAGUGAUUGUCCAAGAAUGCUUGUCCGAAUUCAUUAGCUUCGUGACAAACGAGGCUAAUGAGAGAUGCCAUCGUGAGUGUCGUAAGACCAUCUCCUCCGAGGAUCUGCUCUCGGCCAUGGGCUCCCUAGGGUUCGAUGCGUAUGUCGAGCCUCUGGCCGCCUACAUAGACCGAUACAGGGCCCAGAACCUGGAGCGUGGGCACGCCUAUCGUCGUGGCCCAUACACCGGGCAUGGGCUUCACAGGCCCACUGAAUCUACACCAUCAACUCCGCUCCUUGGGCCACCGCCUCCGCAAAUGGGUGGUGGAAAGAGCUCCUUGGCCGGAGAGUUUGAUCCAUUUUGGGGAGAUGUUUAA